AUGUUUUGGUUCAUACUACUCUCAUCAUGCAUUGCGAUCCAUGCUCAGCAGGGGAUGAUGUUGGAUCUUCAUCCGGCUGCUGGGCCAGACCUUUUUCCAGUGUUGACACCGGAAAUGGAAAAAUUGACGAAUGAAUUUGAUGAAUUCCUCGGUGAAUCCCUCAUCGAUCCCGAAGGAAAACCGAUCAUUGAGCCCAACAAAAUUCAUAUAAUGGUAAAAGAAGAAGAUCGUCGACGUGAGGCAAUGGAAAUUCAGCGAAUUCUCGAUGAACAACAGAAUGAAGAGAAGAAAGUAACCGCUGAAACAUGGUUUGCCACAUUGAUUGGAUGUUGUAUGGUUGUGAGCUGCGGCGUUAUUCCUGCGUUUUUGUUGCCGGAGAAUAUGAAUCAAUUUUUGGCGUCUAUUGAAGGUCAGCGAAAACUCAAUUUGCUUCUUAGCUUUGCCGUUGGCUCUUUGCUCGGCGAUGUUUUUCUUCACCUCCUUCCGGAGUCUUUUGAAAAUAAUAUUAACAAAAUCAGCGUUGGAUUGUGGAUUCUUGGAGGAUAUUUGAUCUUCUCGCUGAUUGAGAAGGUUGGAGCAUCGACCGAAGAGGGUUCGCAUCAGUUGUGCGCUUACAUGAAUCUUGCCGCUAAUAUCGUUGACAACUUUGCACACGGGUUGGCUGUUGGUGGAAGCUUCUUGGUUUCAACGAAACUUGGUGUAAUGACUACCAUCAGCAUUCUUUUACACGAGAUACCCCACGAGAUCAGCGAUUUUGCGAUAUUGUUGAGAGCUGAUUAUGAGAGAGCAGAUGCAAUUAAAGCUCAACUGGUUACCGCCACCGCGGGUGUAUUUGGAUCGUGUGUUGCUCUCGGACUUCAUACCUCCGACGUUUCGGUAAUUGAGACGCUGCUACCAUUUACAGCUGGCGGAUUUCUGAACAUUGCUCUAACUCAGCUCCUUCCUGAGCUCAACGAGGAGCGUUCUGCUGUACAAAACCUGAAGCAACUUGUAAUGGUUGGUUGCGGAAUUAUGUCAAUGACAUUAUUGAACUCCUUCAACUUCUAG